AUGGCCCUCGACUUCUUCAAGAGCCUUUUCGGGUGGAGGGAGCCCCAGCGGCCAGCCCGCGUGCCGACGGAUGAGGUUAUUCCCAUGUACGACUUCGACUCACGCCCACAGAUUCGCGACAUCAUCAUCGGCUGGACAUUGCGGUUCGACGACAUCCUCGACGCCGACAAGCUGCAUGUUGCCUUGGUUCGGUUGCUGGAGAUUGGUGACUGGAGGAAGCUUGGUGGGAGAUUGAGGAAGAAUGGGAAUGGUCAACUUGAGAUCCAUAUUCCCGCUGAAUUCACACCCAAAAGGCCUGCCGUUCGUUUCUCGCACGAGAUAAUAGACAUGGCUAUCGCAGAACACCCACUCGCGGUUCAACUGCCAACACCAACCACAAGCGGAUCGAUACAAGAAGGAGCAGACCAAUUCGAGACACUGGCUGCGCCCGAGGACGCACCACGAUGCCUGGGAGACUUCCUGGCCCGUGACGUGUCCCAGCUCGGACUACACGUCGUUUCCUUCAGCGACGCCACGCUGGUCUCGCUGACGUUCCCACACACCAUGUGUGACCUGCUCGGCCUGCAGGCCAUCGUCGACAACUGGGUCAAGAUCCUCUCGGGCAGGGAAGACGAUGUGGUCCCUCUCCUCGGCGUGCACGAGGAUCCCAUCGCUGACGUCGGCACGGGGCCCUUGCACAAGUACGAAGAAAAGUGGGCUCUCAAGGACAACAUCAUGAGCGGGUUCGGCUGGUUCCGCUUCGUGCUGACCAUGAUCUGGGACGCCAUCCGCCUGGGCCCGUCCGAGCAGCACAUGAUCUACCUCCCGGCCUCCUCCCUCGCCAGGCUCCGGGAGUCCGCCAAGGCAGACCUGGCGGCCGUGACCUCGAGCAACAUCAUCUACGACUGGCACCCGCAGAACGUCUACCUCACAGACAACGACAUCCUCACCGCCUGGAUAACGCGCAUGGCCGCCCGCAGCCUGUCGCCCGGCUCCUCGCACCGCAGCAUCACCUUUGUCCAGUUCUUUGAGCUCCGCGGCCGCCUGCCCGCCGUGUUCCAGCCGCCCGAGCGGGCCGUCUACAUUGGCAACUUCAUCUUUGCCUGCUGGGCGCACCUCACCGCCCGUGAUGCCCAGCAUGCGCCGCUGGGGGCGAUUGCUGGGCGGUACAGGGCAUUUCUGGCGGCGCAGACGACAGAGGGCCAGGUGCGCGGGCUGCUGCGCGUGUUUCGGGAGCGGACGGCAGCGGGCAGGCGGAUCGGUGCCAUGAGGCCCGACAGUAUGAUGAUUACUUGCUCCAACUGGAGCAAGGCCAAGUUCUUCGCCGCUGUGGACUUUAGCCCGGCUGUGGUCCGGAAGGGGAAAUCGUUUGGGCAGCCAAAGUUUGGGUCGGGAAGGCCUGUGUAUUAUCAUGGGCUCAACCUCAGGCCGCUGGGCUCGGGCAGGUCGAGGCAGGUCGGUGCGGCGACGGGGGUGAACAUCCUAGGUAAGGAUGCUGGUGGUAAUUAUUGGAUCAUGGCCAUGCUGCCGCCCAAGUCGUGGCCCAUGAUCCAACAGGAGCUCGCUGUACUGUGA